CAUUAUGCUAAUAAACAUACUGCUUCCUAGAUAAUAAACAACCCUCCUACAUUCCUUCCUUCCUUCCAAAUCCAAUACCCUUUUCUCCUUUCUUUCCAAUUUCCAUCUUUCAAGGAAAAAAGUCACAGAGUGGGUAUGCCCAUGGGCCCAGGGACUAUGUCGCCGGCCGGCGGGGACUACAGCAACAUGAGCAUGGGGGGAAUGGGCGACAUGCCGACGAUGCACACCAGCUUCUUCUGGGGCAAAGACGUGAUCCUGCUCUUCUCCGGCUGGCCCAACCACAGCCUGCCCAUGUACAUACUGGCCUGCCUUUUUGUCUUCUUCAUGGCCGCCGCAGCUGAGGCCCUGUCUCUGGCCCAGUCCGUUAAGCUCGGGCCCAGCCCGGUGAAGGGUGCGGCAGUUCAGGCCAGUUUUUAUGCGGUUAAGAUGGCUGUCGCUUACAUGGUCAUGCUGGCCGUCAUGUCCUUCAAUCUCGGGAUCUUCAUCGCUGCCGUGCUCGGCCAUUCCCUCGGCCACUUCAUUGUCAAGAGGAAUAGUGUGACACUGUAUGAGAGGUUCAACGCCGAUGGGAGUGGAUGACGAGGUUACCUUCAAUUAUCAAUGUUCACUGCCUAUGGAUAUCCGAAGAAAGCGACGCCAAAUGAAUAAACUCAUGAACAAAUUUUAGUCGAUACCUCCAAGUGGCAGUGGCUCAGUAUGUGAGAAGACUCACUAGUGGAAGUUUAUCAAUCUAUAUCCUUGUGAAGUAGAUAAAAUAUAUACAUCAUUUCCCUAGCUCGGUAGGCCCCUAUUUGAUGUGAUAACAAAACACUACAACAAUUCUGGUUUAUUAUGACAAGGACAUUCGUCAAAACAUAUUCAGACUUUGUCAUAAUAAUUUGUUAUAUCGUUG